UCACUAAAAAGUAAAGGAUCCAAUUACACGGCCCUGCAUGCAUGAGCUCAAAAGGCAGUUGUCCAGUUGUGAUUGGCUGUUAUUAAAGUCAAUCAACUAUCAAUCAAGCUGGACAGUUGGUGCCAUGGCAACACACUCAGCAACCAGUGCCCAGCAACAAAGACUCAUCCCUGUAUGUAGUUAGUGUAUGUGCCUCAAAGGUCUGAGCAGCCAGGCAGCCUCACAGCAAGCAAACAUGCCUCCAAAGAAAAAAACUAAAAAGACCACAAAGAAGAAUCCAGAAAAAAAUGAAAGUGACUUGGAAGCAAAGUAUAGGCGCAGUACUCUGGAUGUAGCCAUCCUGCAGGAUCACAUCGCCUUCCAGUGUGAGUCUGUACAAAAGGUCCAGUCUGAUAGAAUUGACCUGAGGAGACGCGUAAGAGACACGGAGCAGAAGCUGCAGCACGAGAGACAAGACCACAGGGACGUCAACUCUGACCUCAGUCGCCAGUACAAAACCAUGCAGACGGAGCUGACAAACAAGGUGAAGAGGAUGGAGGAGGAGGUCAGCCACCUGAAGGAAGAGCUUGUGCUGUGUCAGCAGGAACUGAGGAAAGAGAAAAGAGAGCGUGAGCAGGUGGAACGGGAGAAGGACGCCACCAUAGCUGACCUCCAACACAAGCUGGACAACAUGGAAACAGACUAUGAGAAGAUCCUGCAUGAGACUCUAGACGGCCUGACUUCCCAGCUGUCUGUGGCUCGACAGGGAUGGGAGCACAAGAGCACAACCCUUCAUCAAAAUUACAAGGAACUGCUCUCCGAAUCUGGCCUGAACGCGCUGCAUAUCUAAAAGGAAAAUGAAAGCAGCUGCUCUUCUCGGAUAUUUUACCAUCAGAGUACAAAAUAGACUGAGUUAUCUAUGCAUGUAUUCAGUAGCUCAUCAUGUGGGGUCUGUAAUGUUGUGUAAUGACCACUAGAUGUAGCAAAUGACUGUUUACUGUCUGGGGACAUGGUGACCAGAGUAUCGUAGACGUUUUAGACUAUUUCAUAUGUGUAAAUACAUGGUAUGCUUUGUGAUUUUUGGGACAAGAUGUCAUUGUCAAAUUAAAGCAUGUGACGGCUA